CACCUGUCCGUGUCUCUCUCCCACGCUCAUCACCAUCGCAUCGACUUUGCGGUCGUCACUGAGUGACGUUGCCAACCUUCAUAUCGUCCACACGGUCGUUAUAUAUUCAGCUGCUACCGUGGCCGCGCGUGUGUCUUGUAGCCGGAAAGGCAAGAUCACAUCUACCGCAAACUCUUCAGCUGCGCACUCCUCACACAUCCACAGCGCGGGAAGCCGCACCGCCUCUCCAUCUGCCUGAGGAGACAGCACUCGCGCAUCGUAUUCGGAGUAGAGCACACGACGACAGCUCAAGCACCUCUACUGUGAGCAUCUACAGACCUUGACAGCUAAAACUACCUCACGAUGCCGACUGUGGACAGCCAGGACGUAGCCGAGCUCCUCGAGCAGGAGGAGAAGAGAGCGCUCGAGAAGAAGCGUGCCAAGACCCACGACAGCGACCCCGCGAAGCCGACCGAGAAUGGCAAUCGCGACCCACGCCGCAGGGGCGGCGACAAGGACAAGUAUUCCGAUGAGCGUGAAGCGAAUGACGAGCGCAGGUCCCGUCGAUCCAAGGAGCUCGUCUCGGACGAAGACAUGAGGAAGGUGAAAACGGAGGAUAUAAGGGAUGUGAAAAUGGAGGACCUGAGGGAUGUCAAGAUGGAAGACCUGAAAGACGUCAAGAUGGAAGAUGUGGGCCGAGACUCGGACAAGGCUUCUGCUAAUGGUAGUGUCCGGAGCAGACGCCGAUCCCGCAGCCCACGUGCUAGGCGCUCACCUCGCGACCGUGACGCCUAUCGCGACCGUGACUACGAUCGACGUGACCCUCGCAACAGCAGGCUCCGCGAUGAUGAUGAUCGGCGCUCUCACAGACCUCGUCACUCAGUAGACCAUGAUGACGAUGACAGGUACUACCGUCCCGGCAAGGAUGACAGGCAUGACCGCGACCGCCGUGAGCCUCGUGAUAGGCGUGACCGCGAGAUUGAUCGAGCUUAUGGCAGCAGGCGCGACGAUAGGCGCGAUGACGAUCGACGCGACAGACAGCGUCGUACCACCCCGCCGAAGAGAAAGUCACCGGAGCCAACUGAUGAUGAGCGUGACAGGCGCACCGUUUUCGUGCAGCAGCUUGCAGCCCGCUUGCGCACAAAGGAGCUGCAGGCCUUCUUCGAGGCAGUCGGACCGGUGGUGGAAGCGCAAAUAGUCAAGGACAGGGUGAGCGGACGCUCGAAGGGUGUGGGAUAUGUUGAAUUUAAGGACGAAGAGUCAGUACAGAAAGCUAUUCAACUCACCGGGCAGAAGCUACUUGGUAUACCUAUCAUCGCGCAACUCACAGAAGCAGAGAAGAAUCGGCAGGCCCGCCACACCGAAGGCACUGCUACCCAGUCCAAUGGGAUACCAUUCCAUCGCCUUUACGUUGGCAACAUACACUUCUCCAUCACCGAAGACGACCUCAAGAACGUUUUCGAGCCUUUCGGCGAGCUCGAAUUCGUCCAGCUCCAGAAGGAGGAGCAGGGUAGGAGCAAAGGCUACGGCUUCGUGCAGUUCAUUGACCCUGCACAGGCAAAAGAAGCGCUCGAGAAAAUGAACGGCUUCGAGCUCGCUGGCCGCCCCAUUCGCGUGGGCCUAGGCAAUGACAAGUUUACGCCGGAGAGCACGCAGUCUUUGCUACAGCGUUUCGCCUCUCAGGGUCAAGCUGCGGCAUUCCAAGGCAGCUCGUUCUCGGGCAUGGGUGGACGCGGUGCUCACGCUGGUGGUCAGGCAAACUUCGAUCGUGCUAGCGGCAGGGAUGCCGACAAGACCGGCGGUGCCAGUGCGCUCGACGACACCGACGUCGCUGGCGUCAACUUCAGCAACUAUUCUCGCGACGCUCUGAUGAGGAAGCUUGCGCGCACUGAUGAUUCGGAGGAGAAAGUUGCUCCGAAGACCAUGCAGAAGAAGCCGACUGGACCGGUCGAUCAGCCAGCGCCAAGUAGAUGCGUGCUGCUGAAAAAUGUAUACAACCAGGCCGAGGAGACCGAGCCUGGCUGGCAGAAGGAGCUUGAGGAAGACGUCAAAGUCGAAUGCGAUGAGAAGUAUGGCCAGGUCGUUCACAUUGGCCUGGCCCUCGACAAUAAUGACGGCGAGAUCUACAUCAAAUUUGACCGUAAGCAGGGCGGCGAGAACGCCAUCCGCGGCCUGAACGGUCGCAUGUACGGCGGGCGCAUGAUCACCGCCCAGUACGUCGUCGACGCCGUCUACAACAUGAAUUUCCCGAAAGCGGCCAACUUGUGAUGAAGG